AUGAGUGGGUGGGAAGAUCAUUCUGAUGCUGAUGAUGAUGGCAACAGUGUUUUCGGAGAAGCGCCUUUGCCCCCUGCAAAUAUCCAGCAGGUUGCAGAACAGAUUGCCCAGGGUUUAUUAAACCUUGAUGAGUCAAUGGAACCAGCUGAUGACGAAUUUGACAAUCCUGAUUCAUACAGUGUCGAGCUCCCAGUAGAAGACUCAGUUCCGGACGAAGACUUCCUCCCAAUUGGAGAUGCCCCUCCCGACGAUGACCCUGGGUUGGAAAUGCCGCCUCCAGCCCGCCCUGAGACAGAAACGCUCCCCCGCAACUUCACCGCACUUUCCGAAGAGUUUAUCCAGCCUCAAGAUGACAGAUCAGAACCGGUUGGACACAAGCAAGCAUCAAAUUGCAUUACCGACUUUGAAAUGUAUACGGCAAUGUGGUGCGAGAAGUACUCUAUCCCAGGUGAUGCCUACGCUGGUCUCCUUGAGGGAUACAAACUCGUUAAAUCAAUAGAGAAUCUCAUGGAUCUUCCAAAGGAUGUGAGAACCCUCAAGAAGAGACUCAUUUCACAACUGCCGCUCAUCUCACAACGGCACAAGCUCAUAGAUGUCAAUCAGGAGAAGUUGCGCACAAUGUCUCCCGCGGAGAGGUCACAGGCAGCACAGAAGAGGAGAGCCGACAUGCAUUGGGUAGAUCUGUCGUCUUUGGUGACAAGACUCUUGUCUUCGAAAGACUUCGUUGGGGGGCUACAUUCUGGGUUCGGGGCGUUUGCAGAUGCACCAACAGAAAUGUGGGAAUCGGAGGCCUGGCUGUGCUCCAUACGCACAACUUCGGGAGCCACAAUCAGCUACGAAGAUGGGAGUCCAAUAUUGUGCUCUGAUUUCGUGCGGUAUCGUGGAGAGAGGUUUGGCCAGCAUAUUGGCAGGGUGUUUGCAAUUGGAAUUGAUCGCCGGGCCUGUGCAGCAACGAAAGAUGAAGUCCUUGUCCAGAUUCAGCCAGUAUAUACACGAGGAAGCUUACCACCCACCAUGAAAGAUGCAAUUAAUGGGAAGGAAACGCCUUUAUCACGGCGUUUCCUUUCUUGCCAUAUUCAGGAUGCGGCGGAUAUGGGUCUUGUCGUCAAAGACGUAUGCAUUGUCAAGUGCAACUGGGCCUUCGAAUAUGUAAUCCAUGGAGAUCUCGACACCAAUCACGUGUUACGACGGAACAAGAAGGCUGGCCAACUACAGGACAGGAAGGAGGGAGGUCGCAUGAGACCGGCCCUGGUACCUGGAGGGGCAGCGGGGAAUAGUAGUUCCGAAAGUAUCACGUGA